AUGGUUAAUAUUAUAUUGAAUUUCAAUUUAUUAAUCUUUUUGUUCAUUCAUAAUGCCUGCAGUAAUAAUUACUCAGUAUUAACAUUAUCGCAAAGUUGGCCACAAACUAGUUGUUGGGAUAUAAAUAAAAAGUGGCAAGAGGUAAAUGCUGAGUGUACCACAUGUAAACUACCACAAAGAUCUAAUAAUUGGACAGUUCAUGGACUUUGGCCAACUAAUCGCCACGGGAUACAUCCAGAAUUUUGCGAAGGUGGUAAUUCAUGGGGACAAAAUGGAAUUGAUACCGAAUUACACAAUCUUUUAUCGAAUAAGUGGCCAGGAUUUAGAUUUGGAUUCGAAUACAUCAACUUUUGGAAAUAUCAAUAUAAAAAACAUGGAACUUGUAUUUCCGAUAUUGAAAACACGAACACAUUGAAAAAAUAUUUCUUAAUAGCUGUAAAAUUAUUGGAUCAAUACAAUAUAGGAAAAAUAUUUGAAAAUGCAGGAAUCCUUCCAGACUCCACUUUUACGUUUAGAAAAAUGUCUAAAGUCAUUCAAAAAAUUGUAGGAAAGAAUACUUAUGUGAAAUGUUACCAUGACCCAAUAUCAAAUCGACAGUAUAUACGACAAAUUCACAUCUGCUUUGAAAAAUCCUUUGAACUAACUCAUUGUUCUUACGAAACAUUUUAUAGAAUGAAAACUAAUUGCAAAGUUAAGGAAAAAAUUUUUUAUCCGAGACGUUUAAAUCGUUGCUAAAAAUAAAACCUUCUUUAAAUUAGUUUAGUAAUUAGGAAACUAAUAUUUAAGCCAUUAAAGAUAAAAUCUAUCAU